ACCGCACCCACCCCCAGGUUACGCUCCCUGCCACCCUCCCUUCCCCCCACCCCCCCAGCCAACGUGACUCUGUUUACCGUGUUUAUUUAUAGGGCCGCGCUCUGGGUGCGGGAUGAAGCAGGAGCCCUAUUUAUAACCCCGACCCCACUUGCAGGACGCGGCCCCCGGGGGCUGCAGCGCCCACCCCAUGGCCCAGGAAACCUUCGCCUUCUCCUCGUCCGCUCUCCGCUCGCUACGGGCUCAGCGGGAGCUGCUGGAGCUGGAGGAGCAGAGAAGGGCCCUGGCCCGGGAGUCGGCCGCGCGCCGCCUGCUGCCCCCCAUCCCCCGCCCCCCCCUCGCCCGGCGAGCACGGUGCUGCCGGGACCCGGCGGUGCACAAUGCUCUGUACGCCGGGGACCUGCAGCGCGUCCAAGGCAUCUUCCGGGACGAGAGCACCGCCAACAUGGUGCUGGAGACGGUCAGCGAGGAGCUGGUGUGGUCACCCGAGCAGGGGCUGUGGGUGCUGAGCCCCCGCACGCAGCAGACAUCGGCGCUGCGCAUCGCGGCCGCCCGCGGCUACGAGGAGUGUGCCCGGCACCUGCUGCUGCGCGGGGCGGAGGUGGACGCCGUGGUGGGGGGGCGGGGGGCUCUGCACGACAGCGUGGCCGCCCCCCGGCCCGCCUGCACCCGCCUGCUGCUGGCCUUCGGGGCCGACCCCAACCUGCUGAGCUCCGACGGCAGCGCCCCGCUGCACCUCUGCACCGCGCCCGACAGCCUGCAGUGCGCGGAGCUGCUGCUGGCCCACGGGGCGCGGGUGAACCUGGCGACGCGGGAUCGGGCCCUGACGGCGCUGCACGUGGCCGCGGGCCGGGGGCUGGCGGCGCACGUGGGGCUGUACCUGCGGCACGGGGCCGACCCCGCGCUGCGCAGCCGCCAAGGGGAGACCCCUCUGAACGCCGCCUGCUCCGGCGCCGAGCGGCCCCGCGAGGGGCCCGCGUUCUGCCUGGUGGCCGAGCGGCUGCUGGCGGCCGGCGCCGACCCCGCGGCCGCGGGGCGGAAAGGCCACACGCCCCUGCACAACGCCUGCGGCAACGCGCAGCACGGGCUGGCGCGGCUGCUGCUGCGGCACGGCGCCGACCCCACCGCCCCCAACGGAGCCGGGGACACCCCCAUGGACUGCGCCCUCAGAGCCGUCCCCGAGUACCGGCGGCACUGCCCCGAGCGAACCAUCGCGCUGCUGCUGGAGCACGGCGCCGGGCCCGUGCGGCCCAAGAUGCUGAAGUUCUGCUGCGCGCACCCCCCGGCGCUGGAGCUGCUGCUCAACGCCUACGACCGCGUCCCCCCCGCCGACACGUGGCUGGAGGCCGUUCCGCCGGAGCUGUGGGAG